AAAUGUCAAAUAUAUAUAGAGAUGGGCUCGUUCGUUGUUGCCAAAAACAAUUUAUGAACAUAAAUAAAUAGAAAAUAAAUAAUAAAAUAAUGGAAUUUGAUGAAUUCUGCUGCGUUUGUGUUCAAAGAGAUUUACAUUUAGAAUCCAUUGAAAAUGUUGACGAAAAUGAGAUUAAAUAUAGUGAAAAACUGUGUUUGUGUGACAAUAACCAGGAAUGGAAAAGAGAAUAUAAAAUAUGCCUAAACUGCGUUGCACAGCUGAAUUUGGCAUACAACUUUAUUCAGGCCUGUGUUAAAAGCAAAGAACUGAGAACAUCCAUAGAAACAGCACAACAAAAGGCUUAUCCCUGUGAUCAAUGCAAUAAAAAGUUUUUACAAAAAUCGUCCCUAUUGACGCACAUAAUUAUAAUUCACAAUGAGCAAAAAGCUGAAGAAAGUGAGCAACCUUUCAAUUCCCAAGACAAUACAAUAGAAACAAAUGAGGACAAAGUUGGUGAAUGUGUUACAAACGAGGAGAAAACAGAGGGAAAUAACUAUUCCAGUGAAGAAGAAGAAGAACAACCGAAACCAGUAUUAAAGAAAAAAUAUAACAAACUUAAAGUUCCAUUGACUUGCGAAUAUUGUGGCAAAAAUUUCAAUAGAAGGCAGCACUAUACUGCUCAUAUUCGUGCCAAGCAUACUUUCGAGAAACCAUAUAAGUGUGAUCUUUGUGAUGCAAAGUUCACGAACUCACAUAAUCUCCUUGUUCAUAAAAGAAAUCACAACAACGAGAAACCGUUUGUAUGUUCUUAUUGUGGGAAAUGCUUUGUAUGCUCGGGCGAUUUAUACCACCACAGUAAAAUACAUUUAAACAAAAGAGAGUACAAGUGUAAUCUAUGUGAUAAAAGUUUUAACACUACGAGUAUUUUAAGAACUCAUAAAAUAUGCAUGCACGUAGAACCAAAAGACUGGAAAUAUAUUUGUAAAUACUGCGAAAAGAGAUUUCCCAUCAAUUCCAGCCUGGUUACUCAUAUGAAGAGACAUGAGGGUAUCAAAGAAGUUGAUUGUCAUAUAUGUGAUAAGAAGUUUUUUGAUAAAUCAGAGUUGUCCAAACAUUUCAGGUCACACAACAAUGAAAGACCUUUCAAAUGCAACCUAUGUCAAGACAAAGAGUAUAAAAACCACUAUGGUUUGAAGAAACACUUGAAAAUUAUUCAUAACAUAGGAUCAAUUAACAUUCCAAAACCGGAAAAGAAGUUUGCCUGUCCUCUGUGCUCAAAAUCUUUUGCGUUUAACAAUAAACUACAAAAACAUCUUUGUACUCACACUGGAAUCAAACCUUUUAAAUGUCUCCAUUGUGAUAAAAGGUUCAUAGAGAACUAUUAUAUGAAGAUGCAUUUAAAAAAGAAACAUAAUAUUGAUAGCUCAACUGCUGAAGUAGGGUAGUUAUAGAGCCUGAGAUUUCAUUUGCUUAAUUUUUUACAGACUUAUAGUCCAAUUAGUCUGGGAAAUACUUGUGGUACAGAAAAAUAAUAUAGUUUUCAAUAAUCAUACAGGGAAAUAGAAAUAGUUUGUAUUUUGUUCUAAAGUAGAACAAUUUGAGUAUGUAUAGUUAUAGAAUAUAAUUGUAGAAACAAGAAAAAGACUGCAAGUAAAAUUAUUAAGACGGAAAAAAUUAUUUCCUGACAUAAUAUUCCAAUUUUUUUAUUCCGUUAUUAAUAGAUAAAUUUAAACUGACAUUUUAAAUUGAUCUAUUGUCCAUGUGGUGAGACCGCUCCCGUCUGAAAAAAAUUUCUGAUUGUGUUUCUUUGUGGACUCCUAUUCAAAAAUAUCCCCUUUAAACAAAUCGGAAGGGUGCCGGGCGGAAUUUUUGGGCAGAAAUUGUUUAAACAAUUUUUUUAAACAAAUACAAAAGAUCACCUUUUUUGGCCCAAAAAAUAUUUUUAUAGGUUUUUUGGGUCAUUGUAAACAAGAAAGGUAUCGUGUUAUUUUUCUCCAAAGCUGAUAGUUUUUGAGUUACAGGCCAUUUAAAAUCUGAAAAAUGCGAAAAUAAGCAUUUUCAAGGCUUAAAAGCUCACAUUUAGAUUAGUAUUUUUGAGGAUGCCAAGUACUUAAAUUGUAGUUUAAACAUUCAUUUUCAAGAUUCUGAAGAGUGAUCGGGUCUAACCUUAAUUUAGACCAUCGUUUUUUAAUUGUUAAAUAUGCGUGUCUAUCCGAUUUUUUUGCCGGUGCGGCGCGCUCUAUUUUAACUAUCUCCUAUUUUCGUACGAAAAAUAUUUUUUUUUCAGAUUCUUUGGGACGUUCUAAAUAAAAUAGGUUUCUUGUAAUUUCUCGCAAAAGUUAUAAGCGAUUUAAAAUCCGAAAAAUUUGAAAAUACUAAUUUUCGGAUUUUAAAUCGCUUAUAACUUUAGAACCAUUAACUUUUGACAAAAAUGACAAGAAACCUAUUUUAUUUAGAAUGUCCCAAGGAAUCCGAAAAAAAUAUUUUUCGGAGGAAAAUAGGAGAUUGUUGAAAUAGAGUGCGCCGCACCGGCAAAAAAAUCGGAUAGACACGCAUAUUUAACAAUUAAAAAACGAUGGUCUAAAUUAAGGUUAGACCCGAUCACUCUUCAGAAUCUUGAAAAUGAAUGUUUAAGCUACAAUUUAAGUAAUUGGCAACCUCAAAAAUACUAAUCUAAAUAUGAGUUUUUAAGUCUUGAAAAUGCUUAUUUUCGCAUUUUUCAGAUUUUAAAUCGCCUAUAACUCGAGAACUAUCAAUUUUUGAGAAAAAUUCCAAAAUACCUUUCCUGUUUAGAAUGAUCCAAAAAACCUAAAAAAAUAUUUUUCUGGUCAAAAAAGGUGAUCUUUUGUAUUUGUUUAAUAAAAUUGUUUAAACAGUUUCUGCCUGAAAAUUCCGCCCGGGACCCUUCAGAUUUGUUUAAAGGAAACAUUUUUGAAUAGGAAUCCGCAAAGAAACCGAAUCAGAAAUUUUUUCAGACGGGAGCGGGCUCUCACCACAUGGGCUAUAUGGGAUCUGCAGGAUUUUCUUUUGAGAUGCUCAUUAAAUCAGAGUCCUAUUAAUCUUUUAAUUUAAAACGUUUUAGAAUUCAGAACAUCUCAAAAUACCUUUCGGACACACUGUAGGUAUACAGACAAGCUUAAAUAUUGUGUCAUUGUAUUAUUAUAUAAAAAAGACUAUUUUUUAGACUAUAGCAAGUAUUAUUUGAACAGUGAUUUUAUUAUUUAUGCAAUAUAAACAAUAUUUAUAUAUUAUAGUUUUUUUUCAUGAAUAAAAGUUUUUAUAUUUAAAUUAACAAAUGUU